AUGCAAUGUGAAGCUUCUGGGUGGAUUCAGGAUGAGGUGGAGGGCAUCACCUGGCCACCCCCGCCGUCCUGCCUGUGCAAUGUUGACCAGGCGGCAGCGGCCGCCACCGCGCCAGAUGGCCACGCCGGCCCUGCGAGCGGCGCCACCGGCGGCACCGACCCCGCCGCCCGCAUCCUCGCAUGCGCGUGCGCUGCGCCACCGCGCGCACAUGCUGGCCUGACGCCGGGCGGCUACCGCGGCCUGAUCGCCAGCCAAUCCAUUUCAGAAGGCGAGGAGGUGCUGGCUGUCCCAAUUGCAAACGCCCUCAUUGUGUCUGAGCACCCGCCCCAAGCCAGCGGCGGCGGCGCGGCGGCAGCAGCUGCGCUCGACGAAUGGACGCUCACGCACGCGCUGCAGCUGCCGCCGGCGCUGACAAGCUUCCUGCAGCAGAGCGGCGCCGUUUGGGAGGCGCGCUUGGCUGCAUGGCUGCUAUGGCUCAUCCAGCGGCGGCGGCGGCGACGCCCUGCGGGCGGCGGCGGCGGCAGCCAACUCAGGGAAGCAGCCGUGGGCGCCGCCGCUUGCCCCGGCGGCGCCCAGGACAGAGUUGCCAGCAACAGCGGGAGCAGCAGCGGCACCAGCGUUGGCAGCAGUAGCAGCAGCGGCGGCAGCGACAACAGCGGUACAGAUGGUGACGUCAUCGUGGUUGCUGACCUGUGGGAUGCAUACAUCGACUCGCUGCCCGGCCCGGAUGAGAUGAGCACGUUCUAUGACUACACCGCUGACGAGGCGGACGCGUGGCUCGCGCUGUCGGCGUGGCGGGACCGCGCCGCGGAGCAGCGAGCAGAGGCAGCCUCGAUACAUGACCGCUGGUUCGCAGCCGCCGCGGCCGCGUCGCCGCUGGCGGCUCUGGGUCUGUCGGACUGCGUUGAGACCACCGCCUGGGCGCUGUCGCUCGUGCGGUCGCGCACUUUCGGCCGCGCGCUCGGCGGCGUACUCGGCGGCGGUUUGCCAGGUCAGCAAGUGCAGGCGCCGCCGCCGCAGGAGGGCGAGGAGGGGGGCGAGGAUGUCGCGGAUUACGAACUUGAAGCAGACGAUGAGCCCGUCAGCCUGCUGAUGGUCCCGGGCAUCGACCUGGUCAACCAUUCGUUUGACCACAACUCCCGCUUCGAGGUCGCCGCGCCUGGCGGGGGCGGCGGGGCUGGUGGUGGCGGGGUGCGGCUGGUGGUGCGGGCACUGCGGCGGAUCAGUGAGGGUGAGGAGGUCACCAUCAGCUAUGGGCAGGACAAGCGCAACGUCACCUUGUUUGCGAACUACGGCUUCACGGUGCCCGGCAACCCCAACGACCGGAUCCCCCUGCCGCCCGGCUGCGGGCCGGAGAUCUCCCUGUCUCUCCUGAGGCAGAUGGAGAGGCACAUCACGGCGUUCCUGCAUCGCUGCGACGCGCCCGGCGACGCGGCGUCCGCGCCCCGCGACGCCCUGGACCCCGUGGCUCCUGCGCCGCAGGCGCCGCGCACGGCGAGGGAGGGCGCCCCCGAGGGCGCCGGCCGCGGCGGAGGGCACGCGCGGCGGGCGGCGGGCGCGGCGGCGGCGCGGGAGCGGCUGCGGCUGAUACGGGAGCGGGUGGCCGCGGCAGAGGCCGAGGCGGCGGCUGCCGGGAUCAUAAUUGCCUGA